AUGCUCUCCACUGAUCAGGCAAGACAAUAUCAAGCAGCACAGAAGAAUACAAAGGCUGCCAAUAGUAGUAAAGUCAAUAACAAUAUUAGUACUACAACAACAAGCAGUACAAGGAGUAAUUCAUCAGCUUCACCUUUGGAUGCUAGUAAUUAUUUUAACAACACAACGGGAAGAGAAAAGUUGGAUAUCACAAAGGAGGAAAUAGAUAAGAUUGAAAAAUGUAUGAAGGACCCUGAGUUUUUAAAGUUGUUUGAGGAAUAUGUGAAUGAAAUUUCCGAUCCUAAUGCAUUGAGGGAAACUGACAUGUAUAUUAAACAAUUGGAGAAGGAGGGAACAAGUUUACCCAAGUCAAUAGUCAUUCCGAAGGCUUGUUUUUGUAUUCAAUGUGGAACUGAAGAUAAGAAGGGGAAGAACUAUAUUGUAAAUGUUUGUUCGAGUGAUAGUGUUGAAAUUCACAAGGAAGAGAAAUCUAAAAAAGGCGAAAAAUCUGGUACCCAAUUUAGUGUUCCAUUGGUCGUCGGAAAUCCAAAAGUUGAGGAAAAACAAGUCGUUCUCGAUGUCAUUUUUAACACAAAAACUUGUGAAAAGGCUGAUAAGGAUGUUUUGUUUAAGGAUUUUAUCUGUGGAAUGGCUUUGGACUAUGUGGAGAAGAAAUGUAAUGUUAAAUUGAAAAAGCAAUAUUAUACAAUGAUGCUUGGAGUUAAAAGUGUUGGAGAGCCAUCAGCUCUGACAGUUCAAGCCCCUGGUCAAAAAACUGAUAAGAACGAUCCAUUAGCUCCUCAAAGCGUGCUUAAGGAUAUUCAGGAAAGUAGAGAAAAGGCCAAUCAAAUCUACUCUACAGAACAAAAGGAACUGAAAUUGACCAAAGAAGACCCAACUCCUAAGAAAUCAAACCUCAUUCAAGAAGUUAAUGAUCCAAUAACUCCAAAGUAUGAAAUUGUAUACAGGAAUAGUUUUGAUAUGUCAGAAUAUACAUAUUCAACUCCAACAGCUACAAAUAGAGCAAAACCAGCUGAGAUUGGAAUUAGAAUAUUCCUUCCAAUGUUGGAUAGUAUAUCAGGAGUGGACCUGGAUGUGUCUGAAAACUUUUUGAAAUUGGAUUGUACACAUCCUCAAAAGUAUCAUUUGGAUCUUCAUUUGCCGUACAGUGUGUUGAGUGACAAGGUUUCCGCCAAAUUUGAAAAGAAAACCAGAACUUUGAAAGUCAACUUAAUUGUCACACCUGACCCAGUGCAGAAAGUUGUCUUUGAUGAGAUUCCAAAAGAACAGGAAGAGGAAGAGAAAGUUACAGUUGUGGAAGAAUUAAACAAGGUUGAAGAAGUUGCAGAAACUGUCACAGAAAUCCCUCAAACAGAAUUUAAACUUUCUAAAGCGCCAUCUCCAAAUCAAUUCUCUUCGUUCGUUCAAAAGAUUCCUCAAGAAAUUGAUAUUGCUGCAACUGAAUUGAAACCUGUAAAUAUCCAUGCCGAACCACCAAAAACCCAAAUUGUAAAUAGAGUUGAAAGGAAUGAUACCACAACAAAGAAGAGUGUAUCAUUUGCUCCACCAGUCAGCGAAGAAGUGAAACCAGUCCAACAAGCAAGCGAGUUCAAAAAUAAGUAUUUAUUUGAACUGGACUAGUUGACUAAAUAUUGCCAAUAAAAUAUUU